AAAGUGGGGUGAGCAAAAUGACAGCUGGUUGUUUUCAUGAAGAAGAGGAUUUCAAAGUGGACAUUGAAGUGUCAUGUGGUGAACUCCUCCAGAGUCCUCCCAGCCCUGGCCUCUACAGACCAAAUCCUGACAACUGACCACAGAGGCUCCAGCAUUUCAGCAGGGUACACGUGUCAGCCCCAUCAGCAACUCUGGACCUGCAUCAGGCCUCUUUCUCUGACAGGCCCUCAAUGCAGACACCGAAGGAGACAGAGAGAAGUGAUAGGGGUCAAAUCGAGGGGUGCAUCACUUCAGCUGAGGCGGAGGCCGUGCGCCAGGACACAUCCAUGGAGCCACAGGAGGACAACGAUGGCCGUACCUUUGUGGAGGUGAUCAGUGAAAAGUACAGUCCAGAUAACUUUCCGUGCCGCAGAGGACCUGGUAUGGGGGUGGUGGUCGUGCCCACCGCACGUCCUCAAGGUUCCCCUUUAAAAGAACGUCUGAACCUGCCCAGUGUGCUGGUGUUAAAUGGCUGCGGCAUCAGCCAGGCAGGAGACCAGGCGGGGAUCGCUGCUUUCUGUGCUCAUGUCAGGGAGCUGGACUUGUCCCAUAACAAGCUGCAGGACUGGCACGAGAUCAGUAAAAUUGUGUCCAACAUCCCAAAGCUGAAGUUCCUGAACCUGAGCUCCAACCCCCUAGCAGGAAUGACCCUCGAGCCACGGUGCACCGAAGCCUUUUGCCGCAUCAGUCGUCUCGUCCUCAACAACACCCAAGUGUCCUGGGACACCGUGCUGCUGCUCAUUCGGGAGAUGCCUGAGCUGGAGGAGUUGUUCCUGUGCCUUAAUGAGUACAGCAGUUUGAGUGCCUCCGGUGUGGCCUGUCCCAGCCUGUGCCUGCUUCACAUCACCGACAACAGCCUCCAGGACUGGGCCGAAGUCCGCAAAUUCGGCUCCAUGUUCCCCAGCCUCGACACGCUGGUCAUGUCCAACAACAACUUGGCAUCCAUCGAGGACAACAAAGACGUCCUGCAGCGGCUCUUCCCCAACCUACGCAGCAUCAACCUGCACAACUCAGGUCUAAACCGAUGGGAAGAUAUUGAGAAGUUGAACUUCUUCCCCAAGUUGGUGGAGCUGCGACUGCAGGGCAUUCCCUUACUGCAGACCUACACCAACGUAGAACGCCGCAGCCUCAUGAUAGCACAGCUUCCUGCAAUAUCACAACUAAACGGCAGUGUUGUGACGGACAGUGAGAGAAUAGAUGCUGAGAGGUUCUUCAUCCGCUACCACUUAGACUACCCUGAAGAGGAGCUGCCUUACAGAUAUCAUUCCCUGGUAACCAAGUAUGGGAAGCUGGAACCACUUGCCGAGAUCGACCUCCGACCUCGCUGCCGUGCCGAGGUGGAGGUUCACUGUGAAGAAAAAGUGGAACAGCUAAACAUCCGUUUGGACCAGACAGUAGCUGGACUGAAGAAGCAGCUGACAAGAGUGGUCCAUCUGUCCACGAACAGAAUGAGGCUCUACUACAUCGACAAGAACAGCGCCUUUGGUCCAGAGGAAAUGAAGUACAACACCCGGGCCCUGCACUCCUACAGCAUCCAAGAUGGUGAUGAAAUACUGGUGGUACCCAAGACCAAAUGAACAGCCGGUGUCAAACUGGCUGAUGAGAGUGACUUGUUUAUUGAUUGAUUGAUUGAUUUGUCCAUUUGAUUAUUUAUUUACUGGUUAAUAGCUUUGCAUAAUAAUUGCAUGAUCUGGAACAGCAUCACUGGCCCACUUGUUUGAACGGAGAGAAGUUAAACGUCGUGUGAACACAUUCACAGGGACUGUACAGUGGACUAUGAUGCUGGGAGGCUCUGGCUGGAAAAGCUGCCAGUCUGGAGAGUAUUGGGUCUUUAUUAAUUUCAGCUUUACAUGAGGGAAUCCACCGGAGUUAGUGCAAAAACCUGUCAUGGCUGACAGGCCAAGAGAGCGACACGCAGUCAGUUAGUAAGGAGGACGCCAGCGAAUCUUCACUGCAGCUCUGUAUCUUAGUACAUGGCUUGUACCAUACCGCCUAUGUUAUCAAGUGUCCAACAUCACCGGCUUUCCUGCUCGUCGCAAAAGCUACCAGUGGUAGUAGUGAGACAGUGCUGCUGAAUGAAGAGGACCUGCAGUUCUCAAUUGCACUUUUUGUGUAGUCACAAAAUCAGGAAGGACAAUGUCUGUGAAAUGAAAAAUCUGCCUAAACUACUUCUAAAUGUCAGGAAUGGGAGAACAAGUGGGAGUUUUGUUUUGUUGUUAGUCAGUGUUUUCCUUUGUAUUUUUUUGGAUAAUUUAAUAUAAGAGCAGUGGAUUCUUUACAUACAUGAGAUUCAGCUAUCGAUGACAUUUCUCAUUGUAUAAGUUGAUUUUAGAUCCUAGUAGGUCCCAUCGAGACAUUUAAAAAAAUAGAACAAUAGUUAGCUUCAAAUCACUACUUGUCUUAUACGGCAAAAAGGUCCUAAAACUAAGUCUUCUGCUUCGCCCUUUGACUCUCAGGGCCUAAUCUACUAAGAUCCCAAAUAAAGUGCUUAAUUGCAUGGGCAUUAUAACAGAUUGCACAGUUGGUUUGUGGGCAUUUCGCGCGUCAUCUAUUAAAAAUAUUUGCGUAAAUGAUAA